GUUUUAAUGAAAUUCGUUCUCUGUAAUCUAUUGAAUCAGUCAGACUCUUGUCCAUGUUCAUGAUAAUUUAUUAUCUGCUUGUUUAAUAGGGAAAUCGUAUUAAGAAUAAUGUUUUCCAGUGAUAUUAAUUUCGUCCAUUUAGUGGCAAUUUUGCUGAGUUUUUUUGUGGUGAAAAAAUUUUUCCAUUUCAUCAAAUAUUUUAAUUGUUUUCUCAAAUUUCCAAAGGAUCCUGAAUGCUCAUUCCUUUUCGGCGAUUUACUUAAAUUGCUUCCCUAUUGUUUCGGGAAUUCAAGCUCAGUAUCACUUAAUUUAACGAAGUAUUUGACUCGAAAUGCUUCAAAUCAUCAAACGAAAUCAGGCUUUUACGGAGGUUGGAUUGGCUGGUGGCCUGUGGCUGUUUUGUCUGACUAUAAAUCCAUGGAGAUAUUGAUUAAUAGAAACAUUGUGCAGAAACCCAGUAUUUAUAAAUUUCUUGCGCUUAAAGAGGGCUUGUUAACUUCGAGCGGCGAAAAAUGGAAAAUGAGACGAAAAAUGAUCGAACCUUUUUUCGUUAGUAAAAACUGGAAAAGAUUUGCCCAGAUUUCUGAUCGAGUAUUUGAUUCAUUGAUAAAUAAGGACGAUUUUUGUAACGAGGAAAAAUACUCAACACUUACUGACCAAAUUCAUUCAUCAUCGUUUGAUAUCAUUUUCAAAGUUACUGCAGAUUCACCGAUAGGUUCAGAUAAAGAGGAAAAACAACACGCGCUCAAGGCCAUUAAACUAAUGGAAACUACUACGAUAGAACGAGUAUGUAAUCCACUUUAUUGGAAUGAUCAAAUUUUCUCGGUCACCAAAUUGGGUAGAAAAGUUACCAAAAUGAUGUCCCGGCUGUACAAAUUUGUCGAUAACAUUAUCGAUCAGAAUCUUGACAACAAUCAGAAUAAAAUUGACCAGUCAGGUCAAAGAGAAUCUUCACCUACAAGAAGUCAUCUAGAUGUUCAAGAAAAGUUAUACCAAGAGAUUUCAUCGAUGUUCGAGGAAAACGAAUCAGUGGAUGAUAUUGAAAAGAUAAAUAAGUGUAACUAUCUCGAUAAGUGCAUCAAAGAGUCAAUGAGACUCUUUGCCCCGAUACCAUUGGUUGCAAGAGAAUUGGUUGAACCAAUUGAGAUAAAUGGUUACAAUUUACCAAAAGGAACAACAGUUAUGUGUGACAUCUUCAACACUCAACGAGACCCUCGAAUUUAUCCUAAUCCGACUGAAUAUGAUCCAGAGCGUUUUGAUUCGUCAAAUUUACCAAAUAUUCCUAAAGGAGCUUAUGUACCUUUCGGAUUGAAAAGUCCAAGAAAAAAAGUUAUGGUGAUUUUCAGUCAUGUAAAUUUCCCCGAUGUAUCAGGCAUCAAUUUAGUUGUGAUUGUUUUGAGUGUUUUUGUUGUGAAAAAACUUUUCAAUUUCAUCGGAUAUUUGAAGCCCUUUUUUAAACUUCCAAAGGAUCCAAAAUGUUCAUUUCUGUUUGGCGAUUCAAUUCAAUUCAUACCUGGUCUCUGGAACACAAAACUUUCUUCAGUCGCUAUAACUAAUUUUAUGAUUUCGAAUGCUUCAAAUCACCAAAUCAAAUCGGGCCUACACGCAUUUUGGCUUGGAUGGUGGCCUAUGGUUGUGAUUAAUGACCACAAAUGUGUUGAAGAAUUGAUUAGUUAUAGUGCUAUAAUAAGUAAACCCCCUUUCUAUAAAUUCAUGGGACUUAAAGAUGGUUUGAUAACUUCGACAGGUGAAAAAUGGAAAAUGAGACGAAAAAUGAUUGAACCUUUUUUCGUUAGUAAACAACAGAAAAGAUUUGCACUGACCAUUGACGAAGUGUUUGAUUUAUUGGUAAACGAAGAUGAUUUUUGUAACCAGGGAAAAUAUCUAACCCUUUGUCACAAAGUCCAUUUAGCAACAGCUGAUAUUAUCAUGAAAGUGACUGCAGAUUUACCAAUAGAUUCAGAAAAAGAGAGAAAACUUGAUUCAGUUGAGGCAAUCGAUUUAAUGGAAAGAUCUACAAUAGUCAGAUUGUGUAAUCCUUUUUUAUGGAGCGAUCGAAUUUUCAAUAUGACGAGAUUUGGUAAAAAGUGUACCAAAAUGGCUAACCUAGGGUACGAAUUCAUCGAAAUCGCUAUCAACAAUAAUCUGGACCAUAAUUCGAAUGAUAUUGAUGAUCAGUCAGGAUUGUUUUCACCUUUCAAUUUAGUCAAUAUACUCAAUUCUCAUAAAGGUAAAAUCGAUUCAUCAGGGAUAAGCGAAGAGAUCUUGACCACAGUUGCAGCGGGACAUGAGACCACUGCCACUGCUCUGAAAUGGACCCUGUUCAUAUUAGGCAAUCGUAUUGAUAUACAAGAAAAAUUGUAUCAAGAGAUUUCAUCAAUUUUUGAUGACAAAGAAUCUGUAAAUGACAUUGUAAAGAUUAAAGAUUGUGAAUAUCUCGAUAAAUGUCUCAAAGAGUCGAUGAGACUUUACCCGCCGGUACCAUUUAUAGGAAGAGAAUUGGAUGAGCCAAUUGAGAUAAAUGGUUAUUAUUUACCGAAAGGACCUACAACCAUGAUUAACAUUCUUAGUAUCCAUCGAGAUCCUCGAAUUUAUCCCAACCCGACCGAAUAUGAUCCAGAGCGUUUCGAUCCAUCAAAUUUACCAAACAUUCCCAAAGGAGCUUAUAUACCUUUCGGAGUAAUGCCAAGAAAUUGUAUCGGUUAUCGAUUUGCUUUAAUCGAAAUGAAAAUUUUUCUUAUUCAUUUGAUAAGAAGAUAUGAAAUUUUCUCAGCCAAGAAACUCGAAGACGUUUCUUUCACAAUGGACACCUCUUUAAAGCCUUCAUUUCCAUUGGAAAUUAUGCUCCGAAAACGAUCGAAUUGAUAAGAAAUCAUGAAAAAAAGUAAUAGAUUAAUCAUUAGAUUAAUUGUCAGAGAGAUAAUUCCUAUCAUAGUUUAACUCAAUGUAAAACUCUUACGAUAAGUUAAAAAUAAAUGCUUCUCUGUAUGAAUCAUGCUAUAACUUUCAUCUUUAA